CGGGGCGCGCGGGAGCGGAAGGGAGAGGAACAGUCAGUCAGUCAGACAGUCAGACAGUCAGUGAGAGAGAGAGGGAGAGAGAGAAAUGUCCGGCGGAGGGAUGAGCAGUAUCGAGGCGGUGAAACGGAAGAUCCAGGUGCUACAGCAACAGGCAGAUGAGGCGGAGGAGAAAUCGGAGCGGCUCAGCCGGGAUUUAGAGGGAGAGAAGCGAUCCCGGGAGACGGCUGAAGCUGAGGUUGCCUCUCUGAACCGACGUAUCCAGUUAGUGGAGGAGGAACUGGACCGGGCCCAGGAGCGUCUCUCUACUGCACUACAGAAGCUGGAGGAGGCGGAGAAGACAGCCGAUGAAAGCGAGAGGGGGAUGAAGGUGAUCGAAAACAGAGCCCUGAAAGAUGAGGAGAAGAUGGAGCUGCAGGAAAUCCAACUGAAAGAAGCCAAACACAUAGCAGAAGAAGCAGACCGGAAAUAUGAGGAGGUUGCCCGGAAGCUGGUCAUUAUCGAGGGGGACCUCGAACGUACAGAAGAGAGGGCAGAACUGUCUGAGUCCAAAUGUGCCGAGCUGGAGGAGGAGCUGAAAAAUGUCACCAACAACCUGAAGUCCUUAGAGGCUCAGGCUGAAAAGUAUUCCAAAAAAGAAGAUAAAUAUGAGGAGGAAAUAAAGAUUCUGUCAGAUAAGCUAAAAGAGGCUGAGACCAGAGCGGAGUUUGCUGAGCGGUCCGUGGCCAAACUUGAGAAGACCAUUGAUGACUUGGAAGACGAGCUGUAUGCGCAGAAACUCAAGUACAAAGCUAUCAGCGAGGAGCUCGACCACGCCCUCAAUGAUAUGACGUCCAUUGUAAACUGUGACUUUGGAGGGGUUGAUAGGAGAUCCCAGACCCGCUUACAAUGGAAAGAGAUCUAGUCUGCAGGCACAAAUGAUAAGCUGCGACUCACCAAGGACGAGAACGCCAAAAUGCAGAUGAUGUUGGACGACACUCUGCAGCAACUCAACUGCUUGUAGAUAUUGGGGUGGGGAGCCCCGCUUCCUGCUGCUGCCACCACAUUCCUUCCGCACCUCCUCUCCCCACCCACUCACCUUCCACCGACUGGGAUCAGUCGUCUUUGUUGCCAUUCCUGCCACCGGCCUACACAACCAGCUCACUGCCUUGCCCUCCCCCUCUCGUGGGCAUGUGAACUCUUUGAAAAAUGACCAAUUGAUGUUCAAUUUUGUACUGCCCCCGUCCCCAGACUAAAACAAUCCAAAGGAGCGUCCACUUUUUAUGGACCAGAUUGUGCUGCUGUCAUGGCAUCUUCAUGGGUGCUUACUGGUGCCAUGUGUGAGGAUUGUGUCCCAUGAAAGUAGGUUUUCUCCAUAGUGCCAAGUCUUCCCUGUUACUUCCAAGACAUGGCUCCUCCUCCACAUUUACCUUUCCCUCUCGAUAACAGGAAUGCUCAACACCGGCUCCUCUACCUGUUACCGUAAGUUAAGCUGGCUGUACAUGGGCCGACAUAAGCAGCUGACUCCGCCCCUUUAGACAAAGUCAGCAGCUUAUUGGCCCAUGUACAGGCCUUCUUCAUAGCCUGCCUGACGUCUAUCUGCCUGCAAAUGGUCCAGGUGAGUUGGGCAGGUUAGAAAAUUGUGUUGGGAGGGGACUGCAUAGAUAUGCAAGUGAUCACUGCCGCCAUCUUUUCUCCCGUAUACAUGUCCAUUUUACUUACUGUAUUGGUUUGGGGGGAGAGGGGGACUUACUGGGAUCUGCUUUGGUGCAGUUAGAACAAAUAAAAAUUUCAUGUGCCACUUUU